AUGGAAAGCGCUGCCUCUUCUGAACAGAAUCAAAAUCAUUGCUCAGCCAUCAACAACAGUGUCCCAUUGAUGCAAGGGAGCCUUCCCACCCUGACCUUAUCCGGAAAGAUCCGAGUGACACUGACUUUCUUCCUUUUUCUACUCUCCACCACCUUUAAUGCUUCUUUCUUGUUGAAACUUCAGAAAUGGACUCAGAAGAAGGAGAAAGGGAAAAAGCUCUCAAGAAUGAAGGUGCUUUUGAAACACCUGACCUUAGCCAACCUGCUGGAGACUCUGAUUGUCAUGCCACUGGAUGGGAUGUGGAACAUUACAGUCCAAUGGUAUGCAGGAGAGUUACUCUGCAAAGUCCUCAGCUAUCUGAAGCUUUUCUCCAUGUAUGCCCCAGCCUUCAUGAUGGUGGUAAUCAGCCUGGACCGCUCCCUGGCCAUCACCAGGCCCCUACCUGUGCAGAGCAGCCGGAAGCUUGAACAGUCCAUGCUUGGCCUGGCCUGGGUCCUCAGCAGUGUCUUUGCUGGGCCACAGUUAUACAUUUUCAAGAUGAUCCACCUAGAAAAUGGUUCUGGGCAACCAGAAGUUUUCUCCCAGUGUGUGACACACUGCAGCUUUCCACAGUGGUGGCACCAGGCUUUUUACAACUUCUUCACCUUCAGCUGCCUCUUCCUCAUUCCUCUUCUCAUCAUGCUGAUCUGCAAUGCAAAAAUCAUCUUCAUGCUGACACAGGUUCUUCAGCAGGAUCCGCACAAACUACAACUGCAUCAAUCCAAGAACAAUAUACCAAGAGCACGGCUGAGGACCCUGAAGAUGACAGUGGCAUUUGCUGCUUCCUUUAUUGUCUGCUGGACUCCCUACUACGUCCUAGGAAUCUGGUAUUGGUUUGAUCCUGGAAUGUUAAACAGGGUAUCAGACCCAGUAAAUCACUUCUUCUUUCUCUUUGCUUUUUUAAACCCAUGCUUUGAUCCACUUAUAUAUGGAUAUUUUUCUCUGUGA